CCGCACUGAGCCGGGCCUCUUUCAACGACAAGCCGACCAAAAAUCCGGGGGAAGGGCCGCCAGCAUUUCACUUUUUCGUCUUUUUCCCAUAAUCCGUUUCGUGCUGUGAAUUUCUUUUGAAUCCAGCUAAUUGUCGACAUUAUGCAGCGCCAGGCCGUCCGACACAUGCGCAGAGCCCUCGCGGCUCCUGCUGCCAGAACCGCCGUGUCCAUCCCGGUGCACGCCGCACGAUGCUACUCGCUGCAUGCCCCAAAUGCAAAGAUGAACCUCCCAAUCGACUACUCCACAACUCCUCUCCUUGCCCAGACCUCUGAGGCUGCUCUGCGUAGCUCGGAGCUCCCAGCAGACAUCCGUAACGGCGCCACCAAGAAGCUCAACAUGUUCCAGGCCAUCAACGAUGCCAUGGGCCUUGCCUUGGCUGAGGACGAGUCGGUCGUCAUCUUUGGCGAAGAUGUUGCCUUUGGCGGUGUCUUCCGAUGCACCAUGAAGCUCGCCGAGACAUACGGUGCCGACCGUGUGUUCAACACGCCCCUCACCGAGCAGGGUAUUGCUGGAUUUGGUAUUGGUCUUGCUGCAGAGGGCAUGCGGCCCGUGGCUGAGAUUCAGUUUGCUGAUUACGUCUACCCUGCCUUUGAUCAAAUCGUCAACGAAGCUGCCAAGCUUAGAUACCGUGACGGCAGCAACGGCCGCAGCGCCGGUGGCCUCACAAUCCGUAUGCCCUGUGGUGGUGUUGGCCACGGUGCUCUCUACCAUUCUCAGUCCCCCGAAAGCUUGUUCACCCACGUUCCUGGCCUGCGUGUAAUUAUGCCUCGCUCGCCCGCUCAGGCAAAGGGUCUGCUGCUUGCUGCUAUCCGUAGCAACGAUCCUUGCAUCUUCAUGGAGCCCAAGAUUCUUUACCGUGCUGCCGUCGAGCAGGUCCCCGUUGGAGCCUACGAGCUGCCGCUGUCCAAGGCCGAAAUCCUCAAGGAGGGCAAGGACGUCACCGUUAUUUCUUACGGCCAGCCUCUUUACAACUGCAUGGAGGCAAUUAAGCACCUUGAGCGCGACUUGGGUGGUGUCUCUGUAGAGCUUAUUGACUUGCGUACCGUUCACCCUUGGGACAAGGAAACCGUAUUUGAGAGUGUCAAGAAGACUGGCCGUGUCAUUGUUGUCCACGAAUCAUACGUUACUGCUGGUAUUGGUGCCGAAGUUGCCGCAGCUAUCCAGGAGAACCCCGACACCUUUAACCGCCUCGAGGCACCCGUCCGCCGUGUCGCUGGUUGGAACGUCCAUAACCCUCUCAUCUUUGAGAAGGUUCACCUGCCCGACGUUACCAGAAUAUACGAUGCUAUGAAGAAGAGCCUCAAGUACUAAACGCUGGAGACGGAAAAAAGAAAAAGUACAUCAUCAACGGUGCUAAAUUCCUGUAUAUAAAUAUUAGAGACGUCUUGCACAAUGCACCCAAUUGACCAAAAAAAUUAAAUAAAAGAGAAUAGAUCACUGUGAGCGAA